ACCGACAGAAGCUGCACCUCGAUCUUUCUUUGGGCUCGUUUUUCUCUCCGGUUUGACGUCCUCGUAACCUGUUUCUUGCUUCCAUUUUACUUCAACCCUUGCGUUUACAUUUCCUUGUCCGCAGCUGAUUCUGUUAGUUGAACAUAUCAUAGAAUUCGUAGUUUCUUUUCCUUAGUGAACCAUCGUAAUCUGGGUUUUUGUUGUUGUACCUUUCGUUGCUAGUUGGAGCUGUUGUUUUACUGGGGUUUCGUUUUUCAUCCGAUUUAUGGAUGGUUUUCCUUAUUUGAACACGGCAUACGAGUUCAAUCCCAAUUUGGGUUCAUCCUAUUCAGAUCACCACUAAUCUGGGUUUUUGUUGUUGUUUUAAUUUUCGUUGCUAUUUGGAGCUGUUGUUUUGUUAGGGUUUCGAUCUUCGAUUUCAUUUAUGGAGGGUUUUACUUAUUUGAAUGACGAAUACGAAUUCAAUCCCAAUUUGGGUUCAUCCUAUUCAGAUCACCACGAAUUCGAUCUUCCCUAUCCUGUUUCUGACCAUGGAAUUGGUGAUAUACCGUUUUUGAAUGGCUUCGAUGAGGAGGAGGAAAAUGACUUCUCUGAUGCCGUUCUCAAAUACAUAAACCAGGUGUUAAUGGAAGAUGAUGACGAUGACGAUGUGGAAGAUAAGUCCACUCUUCAUGUCGCUGAGAAGUCCUUAUACAAUGUUCUUGUCAAUAGAAAUGAAAAUCACCCCUCACCAAGUCAACCUCUUUAUCCACAUCACGAUGCUAGUGUUUCAUUUAGUACUAGUAAUUUUAGUUUGCUAUCUGGGGGAGGGGUAGAGGAAACUAAGAGGGUAAUACUAGGUUCUGAUUAUGAGAUUGUCGAUUUUGACAACAAUCAGUUAGCGGAUCACGAGGGAAAGAAAAAGGUUUUGGAGGGGAAGAAAGAGUUAGGUGAUUUGAUGAGAGGAAGAAAGAGUCAUCAUCAUGACGAUGAGGAUGAUUUAGAAGGGAGAAGUAACAAGCAGUUGGCGGUUUCUGCUGAAGAGUCGGUUUUACAUGAGUUGUUUGAUAGGGUACUGUUCUUUGAUGCUGAGGAGGAUGAGUCUUCAUUGAACUCAAUUGAUGGAUAUGGUGGAGGUACUAAGAAAAGGGUUAGCAAAAAGGAAGCUGUAGAUAUGAGGAGCCUCCUAAUUGAAUGCAUGAAUUCGAUUGCGAGUAGUGAUCACAAGAGAGCAGAUGAGCUACUGAAGCAGAUAGGGAAGCGUUCUUCUCCUUCGGGCAAUUCAUCUCAAAGGUUGGCGCAUUGCUUUGCCAAUGCCCUUGAAGCACGCUUGGCAGGUACGGGUAACAUGAUAUACAAAGAACUUGCUGCCAAAAACGUGAUAACUUCUGAUGCUUUGAGGGCUUACAAAAUGUAUAUGUCAACGUUCCCUUUCUUGAAGACAUCGAAUUACUUUGUAACCCAAACUAGUUUAAAAAUAGCAGAGAAAGCAACCACCCUUCACUAUAUUCAUUUCGAAAUAAUGCACGGCAUUCAACUCCCUCCUCUUAUUCAAAGCCUCUCGAGAAGGCCAGGAGGGCCCCCUAAGCUUCGUGUCACUGCAAUAGACUUCCCCCAGCCGGGUUUCCGCCCGGCUGCAGUGGCUGAGGAGACGGGACAUCGCCUAGAAAACUAUUGCAAGAGGCUUAACGUUCCGUUUGAGUACAAUUUCAUUGUGCGAAAAUGGGAAACUAUUCGUCUUGAGGAACUCAAACUCCAGAAGGAUGAGGUGGUGGUUGUUAACUCUUUUUACAAGUUCCACAGCCUACUUGACGACACAAUUUUGGAGAAUAGUCCCAGGGACGCGGUCUUGGACUUGAUUAAGAGAAUUAGGCCAGAUGUUUUCAUCCAUGGAGUAGGUAAUGGGGGCUUCAAUUCCCCAUUUUUUGACUCGCGGUUUCGUGAGGCUCUCUUCUAUUUCUCUGCACUGUUUGAGAUGUUUGAGGCCUGUGUGCCACGUGAAAAUCCCGAAAGGAUGAAGUUUGAGACGGAUAUAUAUGGGAAGGAGAUUAUGAAUGUGAUUGCUUGUGAAGGGUUAGAAAGGGUUGAAAGGCCAGAGACUUACAAGCAGUGGCAUGUUAGAACACUGAGGGCUGGAUUUCGGCAACUUCCACUGAACCAGGAGAUUACGAAGAAAAUAAAAGCUAAGGUGAAAUCAAGUUAUAACAAGAACUUUCUUGUGGAUGAGGCUAGCGAUUGGAUGUUGCAGGGGUGGAAAGGGCGAGUCAUCUUUGCUCUCUCCUGCUGGAAAGCAGCCUAGGAGUUUAAGCUGUCCAUUUUUUUUUUAUACAUGUUUCCCUUCUUGUUUAGAUGUAUGCCCUGUGAUUUCGCGGCGGCGGUUCUUAGAGAUAGUUGGGCUUUUAGCCUUGUCUAUAAUGUAGUACACAUUUUUAGCUUUACCUUAAUACAAGGAUAGAAAUUACAGAAUAGCA